AGGGAUCGUUUCCAUCAUCCAUCACUCAAAUUCAAAUCUACACAUCAUUUCUGCUAUACUCCAUCCCACUCCACCCCCCAACCAUGUCCUCCAAAUCCAGCACCCAAAGACUCGCGCCCCUCCCCCUCCCCCCCGGCAUCUCCCAGUCCUACAUCCACUGCCCCUCCAACUCCCUAACCUACCACAUCCUCGAAGCCGGCACUCCGAAAAAACCCCUCCUGCUCCUUCUCCAUGGCUUCCCCGAGCUCGCCUUCUCCUGGCGCAAAACCAUGCUCCCCCUCGCCGCCGGCGGCUACCGCGUCGUCGCCCCGGACCAACGCGGCUACGGCCGCACGACCGGCUGGGACGAGUCCUCCUUCUCCGCCGUCGACCUGUCCCAGUUCACCAUGACCAAUGUCGUGCGCGACAUGGUCAUCCUCGUUUCCGCGCUCGGCUACGCGAAGGUGCACUGCGUGAUCGGGCACGACUUCGGCGCCGUCGUGGCGAGCAUGUGCGCGCUUAUGCGGCCGGAUCUGUUCGAGCGGGUCGUGACGAUGAGCCACCCGUUUAAAGAGCCUGGUCCGCUGCCGUUCAAUAUCCGUGAUCCGGAUGCGGAGAUUGAGGAGGCGAGGGAUAUUCAGAAGGAGCUCGCGUCGCUGCCGGAGCCACGGAAGCAUUAUAAGUGGUAUAAUUCCACCUCGCUUGCGCCGAUUAAUUGGGCGUGUCCGGGGCAGGGCUUGCAUGAGUUCCUGCGCGGGUAUCUGCACCUUAAGAGCGCUGAUUGGGAGGGUAAUAAGCCGCAUCCGCUCGCGGCGUGGGAGGCGGGGGAGUUGGCGAAGAUGCCGGGGUAUUACAUUAUGCCUUUCCACUCCUCGAUGCCGGAGGUUGUGGCGGAGUUAAUGGAGGGUGAGGAUGAGAAGAAGACGACGAGAUGGAUGUCGGAGGAGGAUUUGGAUGUCUAUGUGAGAGAGUGGGGGCGGACUGGGUUUCAAGGGGGGUUGAAUUGGUAUCGGAGCCAGACGGAUCCGAAGAUGGCGAGGGAUAUGGAGCUUUUUUCCAGGAGGAAGAUUGAGGUACCGGCGCUGUUUCUGAGUGGGGAGAAGGAUUGGGGAAACUAUCAGCAGCCUGGGGCGCUGGAGAACCUAGAUAGCGCAUGCUCCAAGUUUCGUGGGGUUAAGUUUGUAGAGCAUGCGGGACAUUGGCCCCAGCAGGAGCAGCCGGAAAUCGUGGUUGAGGGGAUUCUUGCGUUCUUGAAAAGCAGUCAUUGAGGCAAAAGCUUGAGUAAAGGACCUGAGACGGACAUCAGCUUCAACACGUUGUGAGGGAUAGCGAUGUAGCAAAUUGUAGCUAUCCGUUACUCCAGCUUUUCUCGAACAUAUCUAUGAAGUAUACACCAGUCUCCUUCGCAAAUCAUAAAAUAAUAC